AUGGCCGAGGAGAAGGUCAACUCGGCGACGGCUGCCCCAGUCGACGCCGUCGACCCCCGGCCGUCCUACAGCAGCGUCCCCGUCCACCCCGAUGAGAAGGGCGCUAUGGGCGGCGAAUGGACGGAGCCUGUUGUCGAUGUCAAGGUCCCCGAGACCGAAGAUGUCAAGGGAGAGGAGGACCUAUACCGUCCUCUCUUGAUGGACCCGGGCAUUCCCCAUGAAGAGAACAUCUUGACCGUGCGCGCUAUCGUCAUCGGCUGCAUGCUCGGCACUCUUGUUAACGCCUCCAACUUGUAUCUUGGUUUGAAAACCGGUUUCACCUUCAUUGCCUCUAUGUUCGGCGCAAUCUUCGGCUACGGUAUCCUCAAGUUGCUCACCCAGACCGGCCUUCCCCUCAUCGGCGGCACUUUUGGUCCCCAGGAGAACAGCAUUGUCCAGGCCGCUGCCACAGGUGCCGGUGGCAUUGCAGGUAUCUUCGUCGCCGGUAUUCCUGCUAUGUACCGCCUUGGUGUUAUGGACAGUACUCCUUCGGGCGAUAUUGGCCAGAUCUUCACCCUAACAAUCUGCUGCUCUUUCUUCGGGCUCUUCUUCGUUACCCCCCUCCGCAAGUUCUUCAUUAUCCGCACUGCGAGGGAACUGAAGCUCAUGUUCCCCACGAAUACCGCUACCGCCCUCACCAUCCGCUCGAUGCAUGCCGGCGUCACUGGUGCCCGCGAGGCUGUUAGCAAGCUCAAGGCUUUGGGAGCCGCUUUCACUAUCUGCAUCGCCCACCGUGUCGCUUCUCUCUACGCCAUUGGAAUCUUGUACGACUGGCAUUUCUUUACUUGGAUUCACAUCUGGAGUGGAUACACGUCGUGGGCUAUGAACAUCGAGUCCUGGGGCUGGUAUUUCGAGUGGACUACGGCUUUCAUCGGCUCCGGUAUGCUCAUCGGAAUGAACUCUGCGUGCUCCAUGUUCGGCGGCGCUGUCUUGGCAUGGGGUCUGAUCGGACCUUUGCUUGUUCAUUACGGCGAAACUGUCGGCAAGGACGCCAGUGAGGGCCUGCCUGAAUGGGCCGGAACCUACAGCUUCACCUCCCUUUCUGACGUUCGCCAUCCCAGCCCUCGAUAUUGGCUGCUUUGGCCCGGAGUUAUGGUGAUGGUUUGUUCUUCCAUGGCUGAGCUCAUCGUGCACUGGAAGAUCAUCGCCAUCGGCUUCGGCGCCGGAUGGAAGUCCAUUUGCUCUUCCAUUCACCACGUCUUGCAGAAACGCAACAAGCGUAUUGGUUACAUCGCAAGAGUCGCCGAAAAGGAGGAGAAGGUGGAUGAAAACGCCGUCGAGGAUCCUGCCACUCCGGAUCAGCAAGUUGCCACGUGGAUUUGGGUCGUCGGCUUGUUCGCCUCCAUCAUUUUCACCAUCAUCGUUAUGGCUCUGCAGUGGGAAGUGAAUGUUGGCAUCACCAUCUUGGCUCUCAUCCUCGCCUUCCUAUUCUCCUUCCUUGCCAUCCAGAUCGGUGCUGUGACGGACCAGACACCCUUGACCGCCGCCGCAAAGGCCGCCCAGCUCGUCAUCGGUGGCGCCACUACUGGCUCGGGAUACGGAGUCGCGCACGCUCAGCGCAUCAAUCUCAUCUCCGCAGGUCUUGCCGCCGGAGCUGCCGACGUGGCCACUUCUCUUACGUCCGACUUCCGCACCGGCUUCCUGCUCGGCACUCCACCAAAAAAGCAGUUCAUAGCACAAGCCAUAGGAACGCUUUGUGCAUCAUUUAUCGCGCCAGCUUUGUUCGUAUUGUUUACUACUGCGUACCCUUGUAUCCUAGAUGCGAAUGCUGAGCACUGCUCCUUCGCUGUGCCUUCGGUGGCAGCGUGGGCUGCCGUUGCGCAGGUUGUCACGGAGAAGGACGUGUCGAUCCCGCUUUCAUCCGGCAUCUUCGCAAUCGUUCUCGGCAUUGUGUCGAUUCUCCAGGUCAUUGUCCGCCACUACUACCUCAGUGGUCCCCGCGAGAAGUACCAGGAAUACCUCCCUAACUGGGGUGCUAUCGCCCUGUCCUUCGUUAUUCCCGGACCGGUCUUUGUCAACGCUGCUUUCCUCGGUGCCAUCAUCGCCUUCAUCUGGCGCCGGUACAAGCCCGAGAGCUUCGAGCGUUACGGCUACGCCGUCGCCGCCGGCAUGAUUGCCGGCGAGGGUAUGGGCGGUGUCGUCAAUGCCGCCCUCACUCUCGGCAACGUCGCUGGAGACAGAUUUGGAACCAAGGGCCUGGCCUGCCCUGUUAACCAGUGUUAA